AUGGUGAUUACAUGACAUCCCUCUCACGGCAUGAUGGCAACAUUGUCCUUGCGCCGGAAACACCGGAUGGUCAUAUUUAACAUUAAUAUUUUUAUGUGUUACAACGGAAACGUGUUGCUUUGUGGCAUCGGUGUAUCGCGUUUGAAUUUAACCUUACGAUGCUAGCUAGGUUAGCUCUUAAUCGUCGCUCCAGUUCUCACCAAAACAAACCACUGUCUUCCAGGCAAAGCCCAUAAAUAUUACUCAAAUAGCACGGCAAUACCACACAAUUCACGAAUAAAACCCGGUAAAGCUUACAUUUCAGGACGGUCUUUGAUCGAGCAUCUAAAUCAGUCCGCGUCCAUGCAAUGUUACAUAGGCGGCUCAAGUAACGUUAGCAACACGAUGGGGAGUUAGCAGCUUUAGCCUCUCUCUUCGCUCCAAAAGAUGGCGAUCGAUUCAUAUUGGCUUGAUUUGCAAACGAAAAUUAUAUCACCUUUAAAAUGCGUCACUAAAUGACAAGAUAGACAACACUCAGAUACAGUUAGCCGAUCAUAGUCUGAUUGCCAGCUAGCAACAACCACACAGUUAUGCUAAAUCCAUACUAGCCGCUUUCCCAAAACAAACUUGCUUACUUACCGCAAUUCGAUAAUGACUCAAGGCGACGAUGCGUAGUGAAAGCUUCUCUUUCCAAGAGGAAUUGUUUUUCAAAAAGCGAGUUCAUACAGUAAACAAUUGUACUCAGGAGAGGCGCUCUAACAAGCUUCCAGUGCAUCUUAAGCGCCUGAAAGCCCAGCACUCAGCACUGAGUGGGAGGCCGAAUGACCAGCCUGCGCAUGCGUGCAACCCACGGAGUAUCAUUAAAGAACUAGUGCCCUCUAGUGGACGCAAGGUGGCAUGACAGCACUGCAAGGUGUGCGCCAUUGGAGUAAUUAACUCAGAGUGACGCACUUUGUUUAACGAGAAACUGAGUUGUCAAGAAGUUUGAAGGUCGGUCGCCGCCGUGGGAUGUGUAUUUGUUGGAGUGCAUCUUUCUGCUGUGUUUUAUUUCGAACGGGUUGAGUAAAAAAAAAAAGGAAGAAGAAAUGGACGAUGGAGGCAAGCCACCACAUUCAUGUGGGAAUGGACAACAGAGGACUCAGCACCCCAGGCCUUUUUUCUACGUGCAGCCACCGUCUCAGCCUUACUACCUUUAUCAGCACUGGCAGCUGAACAACCCGUACAACCACUAUGGUUUGCCUGGAGGUUUUAAUUUUGGACGUCCCUGCAUGGCUCCUUAUCAGUACAUGCCGUAUCCGGGCUUUGUUUUCCCACACACCCCGUUGUAUCCCAUGGAUUACAGGCGCAUGUUUGAGCCCCGCUUCUACACGCCCGCUUGGAACGAUGGGCCACGCCCGCAGCAUCACCACUCUCACGUACGACGAGAGACGGCGUCCUCCGAGGUCCAAACGGACCCCAGUGACGCCAUAACCAAGCUCAUUGAAUGCCUGGACAAGAUCCGAGCCACUGAGCUGCAGGGAGCGGAGAGAGAGCUGGACUCGGGUGUGGCGUCUCACUCCUCCGGGAUGUUCUCUCCAUCCGAGGAGAAGAAAGGUGAAGAGAAAGGUGAUGCCGAUAUUUUGCCAACGGCGCUUGAUGCGACAUGUUCGGAGUCUCCGGCUGUUGUCUUCAGCGACUCCACCACGGCGGUGUACGACGGCGAGUCCAGCCGUAGGAGUUUGGACAUCCUGAGUCCUCAGGUGUGCUGGUCAGGGAGCCUGGAAGAGGAACUUCCUCUUGAUAGCUCCUCCGUCCACGAGGAUGGUUCUGAUGCCGAGAAGCCGGCACCGCUGGACCCGUUCCUCGCUCAUGAGAAGUCAGAGGUCACAGAUAUCCGGUCAGAUGUUCCUGUGGCUGAUCACAGAUCUCCUAAAUGUGAUGGCGGCGACCUCAUGAAGCGAACGGAUCCCAGUGGGCCUCCGUCACCAUCUCUCGUAUCUUCUUCCAGCCAGCCUGUUCUCAAGGAACCACAAAGCGGUGGUAAAGCGGCAAAUCCUGGCCACCAGAUUCUCAAGCUGCCUCUUGAUAGUGUUUUCACAUCAGGAGCAGGACCACCACUCCCUCCGUCCACUACUCCAUACCUCUACCACCACCUCUCCAUGCAGACCACCCACGAGCGCAUGAGCGUCCUCAGCCCGUCUCUGGAUGAGCUCUCAUCCCGGGAUGAGAUGUUCUCCACAGAUCUGGAGGAUGUGGAUCUUUUCCCCAGACAAACCUACUCAGGAAGAAGACUAGCAGAAGUCGUCGGCAGCGACCACGCCCCUGAAAACGCAACGGAGGACAUGUGGCUUCCUGGUUCCAAGAGGUUCAUGUGCGCCUGCUGCGGGAAAAGUCUACCCAAAGGGGGAAGUCGCGGGAAAGGUUACAAAGUGUACAGGGACGAGGCUGCGGACUCCGAGGAGGACUGCAGGUACGGAAGAGGGUGUGAGCAGCCGGUUCGAGUGGUGCUCAGGAAGCAAUCGGCACCCAGGAAGCCCCACUGCGGCCCCCUGAGACAACCUAAGCCGUGGUACAAGAGAAGCCAGCACAAAGACCCAGUGGAGCCGCUUGACCUUGACGAGGGUCAUGACUCUUGCAAGGUGGACUCGGCGGACGGGAAGCCUGGGGAGAUGACUGGCGAGAGCCUCAGCUUCUCGGAGCAAUGCAAGUGGGCGGAUGGCGGCGGGAUUCCCAGAAGACGUCAAGCGGCUCCUCUGCAGCGACAAGAGUCCAGCGUUCCGAGGAAAGGAAUACACCAGAGGCCCAGAGACGAGGACGACCAGGACGACAAAGAGCAUCCGUCCUCACACUGGGACAGAGUUUCAGGUCCAACAGUACCGAGGUGUUGAUUUCUCAUGACUGACACAACAAAAAGCAUUGAACUGUUCCCAAAGAUGUUCCAGAAUUAUAUAUUUAGGGCACCAGGUGUAGCACACUGCACUGUUUUUUUUUGUUUUCCUAAAGAUAUAUAUAUAAUAAAGAAAAAAUAUAUAGUAUAGUUUUUGCCUUCCACAAUUCAUGUUUACGUGAAUGUCACAAUGAGGCAGGUGGGCUCAAAGGUUGUGUUGCAGUAGAUGUUGUGUCACUGUUUGUUUGGGCCAGUCCAAU